AAGAGGUUUGGUCCAAUGCUGCUGUGGGCCAACAGGAGAGGGAAGGCUGGGUGGGGGCAGAACAGAAGGGAGAGGACAGCAGGGCGGACACUCUUCCCAACACCUGCACCUGGUCACUUGAUUCACACUCAAACUCCCUUUAAAGGACUGUCCAACGUCCUGUCCAGAUCACGGGGAAUUUGCAAACCUAUCGGAUUGUUUUAUUGCCUGCACAGCGCUGCUGAGGGAGAUUUUCCAAUCCAGCUCCGAAGCACAAAACGCGGGGAAUGCAGCGGUAACAUCUCGCAAGUUUUGGAUCUGAGAGGCGUACCGGGUACCGAGAAAGUCAAAAAUCAAAGAUUUAGAUCUCUGCGGGCUACCUGCAUGACUGUUACCAUGACAGCAUCUGGAGCCCAACUCCUCCUGUUGGCCUUAUGUGUUUACAGAGGCUCGGGCCUGCAGCAGUCCGCGCCACGGGUUCGCCUCUCCUUCAAAGAACUGAUGGACACAAAGGCAGCGCGACCCUUCAGUUUCUCCUUCAACACCAGUGACUACCGCAUCCUCCUGAUGGAUCAGGAUCAGGGCCGGCUUUACCUGGGCAGCCGGGAGUACCUGGUGGCUCUGGACAUGCACAAUGUCAACAAGGAGCCACUCAUAAUCCACUGGCCAGCAUCUGCUAAGAGAAAGGGAGAAUGCCAGAUGACAGGAAAGGGAAGACAGGGUGAAUGUGCCAACUUUGUGCGGUUGAUAGAGCCGUGGAACCGCACCCACCUUUACACCUGUGGAACAGGGGCGUACCAACCUAUCUGCACAUUCAUCAACAGAGGCUGGAGGGCAGAGGACUACCUGUUUAGGCUGGUCCCUGGGUAUGUGGAUUCAGGAAAGGGAAAAUGUUCCUAUGAUCCCAAACAGGAGAACAUUGCAGUUCUGAUUCAUGGUAACCUCUAUGCAGGGGUCCAUAUUGACUUCAUGAGUACAGAUGCUGCUCUGUUUAGGACCAUGGGAGGCAGAACAGCAAUCAGGACAGAGCAGUAUGACUCCAGGUGGCUCAACGAGCCUGUGUUUGUUAAGAUCCAGCAGAUCCCUGACAGUGCAGAAAGGAACGAUGACAAACUUUACUUCUUUUUCCGUGAGAAGAGUCUAGACUCGAGCGGUGGGGCGAGCCCAAACAUUUUAGCCAGAGUGGGAAGAGUGUGUCUGAAUGAUGAAGGAGGGCAGAAGUCCCUGAUGAACCGGUGGACGACGUUCCUGAAGGCGCGCCUUAUCUGUUCAGUGAUAGGAGAAGAUGGAGUAGAGACGCGAUUUGAUGAACUACGGGAUGUGUUUAUUCAGCCCACACAGGAUGAGCGAAACCCUAUGGUGUACGCUCUCUUCACAACAGCGGGCUCUGUGUUCAGGGGCUCAGCAGUCUGCGUGUACUCAAUGGCUGAUAUCCGCAAUGUCUUUAAUGGACCGUUUGCCCACAAACAUGGCCAUAAUUACCAAUGGACAGAGUACACUGGCAAGAUUCCCUACCCACGGCCCGGAACAUGUCCAGGAGGAACCUUCACUCCUGGUAUCCGUUCCUCCAAGAACUUUUCAGAUGAGGCUGUGAAUUUCAUCAGAGCCCAUCCUCUCAUGUUCAAUCCAGUUUAUCCAAUCCACCGGCGCCCCCUGGUGGUCAGAACCGGUGUGGACUACCGCUUCACUGCCCUGGUGGUUGAUCAGGUGGAUGCUGUGGAUGCUCGCUAUGAAGUGCUCUUCCUGGGGACAGAUCGAGGCACUGUCCAAAAAGUUAUAGUUUUGCCCAAGGACCCAACUAGCAUGGAGGAACUGACACUAGAAGAAGUGGAGGUUUUUCGGACCAGAGCUCCAGUCAAAACUAUGAAGAUAUCCUCUAAAAGACAACAGCUGUACGUGUCAUCAGACGCGGGGCUGACCCAGGUGUCGCUGCACCGCUGUGGCGUGUAUGGCAGGGCCUGCUCUGACUGCUGUCUGGCUCGGGACCCCUAUUGUGCCUGGGAUGGAGAGAGCUGCUCUGCCUUCACCCCAUCCACCAAGAGGAGGAGCAGAAGACAGGAUGUCAAACAUGGUGACCCACUUCGGCAAUGCAGAGGCUUUAAUGCAAAAGUGGAGAAACGUCUGAGAGAAACUGUGCAAUUUGGGGUAGAGGGCAGCAGUACCUUCUUGGAGUGUCAGCCUCGCUCUCCCCAGGCCACCGUCAAGUGGCUCUUCCAGAGAGAAGGAAAGCGGAAAGUGCUCAACCGUGUGGGAGGAAUUCUAAAGACCAACCAUGGUAUCCUUCUGAAGUCUCUCAACCAGUCAGACGCGGGGCUCUACCACUGCCUUGCCACUGAGAACAACUUUAAGCACACAGUGGCCCGCGUGGCGCUGCGCAUCCUGGACCGAGACAUUGUUUUAGCCCUCACCGCUGAUGAGGACGAGGAGCCAAAAACUCACCAAGCGGGGCCUUACCUGCGGUCAUCCCUCGUCUCCACACCCUUCCCACCUGAGAUUAGACUGAUUAACCAGUACUGCCAGUCCUACUGGGAACAACUCAGUCCCAAGCAGCAGCAGCAGCAGCGCAAGCGCACCAGCCGCAGGCACACAGAGAGCCAGGACCAAGGCCUUGGCUAGAGAGGACGGGACAGACGCUGUCCAACACUGGCCUGUUUGGACUCUAUGGUGGACUUUUAUGUUUGAUACGCAUGUUUGUGUAUCACCUCCAUUCAUUAGGUAGGUGAUGCUGUCAUGUCGUCGUUAAAGUACUAUAUUUGUGGUUUUGCUAGUGUUGGCCUAGAAAAUACAAAUUGUGUAUAUUUUACAUGACCUGUCACCACUUACGGAAGAAUAUGUACAUUUUUAGUUAGAUUUCUUUUGUCUUUCAGGUGACAUUUAAAUUAAAAUUAUAGACUGGAUCCUUGAUCACCUGUCAUAUGGAUUGUUUUAAAACUUAUUCUUGUUAAUGUGUUUAGAUGGUUGGGGGAAACCACAGCAUCUGUGACAUGAGAAUCAUUGUGGAAGAUCAACAUAUUCAGUGCAAGUGCAAAUGUUUUUCACAUUGUCCACGUUGGCUUCUUAAAUGUCAGAUUUUGAUUGGACCUUGAAUGCAUCAACAAAGAGUUUUCAAAACACUGCUGCGACUGGAUUACCAUGCAACUAUAUUGUUACUGUAAUGAAAAAUAACAAAGACAGAUCUCAUAUGUCAGUUCAUUGUCUUGAAAAAUGGCCAGCUGUAAUGGUAACUAUAUGCAGCGUGUAGUUAAUAGGCUCCAACACGCAAAACCACACGUAUGGUACUUUCAAGUAUCUUGAAACAGAAAUGUAAUAUAUUAAUUGUGAAUAUAAUAUAUAUGGUCAUGAUAUGGUCAUUGGAUUACUCUUGAUGAUUACUCAUGAUAUUAAUGCAUAUGUCGCAUGCAUAUCUGUUGUUGUUUGUUGCAAGUUGUACAGUUGCUCUGUUUUCAACCUUUAUGUGUAAUGAUGUAUAUACAGUGUAAUGUAUUCUGUUAAGCUAAAUUCCAGUGGACAUAGUCAUAUAAUGACUUACUGUCUUGUGCUCUAGUGACCUACAGUAUGUGAGUGUUGAAGAUAUGUUUAGCGUACAGUGUUCUUCCAGUUAUGCACUUUUUCGGUGGUGGUAUUCAAGGAAAUUGGGGAUCUUUGCACAGAUGUAUGAGAAAAUUAUACAGAAACAUAAUGUUUUUUUAUGUAGAGUAUGUUAUAAAAAUGGGAAUGAAAGUGGCUCAGAUUUAGUAUUGAUUGUUGGUGUUCUGUCAUAUGCUGUAUUUACAGAUUUUUUUAAAAUGGCUCUUUUUAAUGGAAGCGCAAGGAACUAGAUAUUUUCCAGCCAGAGCCACCAUUCACCUUCAUUGUGAGUAACAGUGCUAUGUGCUGUCAUGCUGAUGAAUCCUACACUGGAAAUGUUCGAACAAAUAUAUAAACCUUUCAGAAUUCU